GGGCCGGGUCGCCAUGGCGGUCCACAGCGCGCAGUAUAUCUUUGGGGAAUUCAGUCCUGAUGAAUUUAAUCAGUUUUUUGUGACCCCCCGUUGCUCUGUUGAGCUGCCUCCCUACAAUGACACCAUUUCAUGUGGUCUUAAGUCCACAGGAGAGCUCCAUGAUGGAGAGGAAUAUCAGAGAAUUGAAUUUGGUGUUAAUGAAGUGAUUGAGGCAGGUUCAUCUGUGCUGAAUAACAGCGACUACAGUAUUUCAAGUACCCUGAAUCCUCAGGCACCAGAAUUCAUUCUGGGUUGUGCGCCAACCCCCAAGACACCCAGUGAUGUCCUUGGCGACACCAACCACAACUCCAUUGACUGCCAGUUCAGCGAUGCUUCUCUUGCUUUGGAUAAUGGUUCUAAUGCGGAAAGCGACAGUUUCUCUGGGAGCCUUGGACAGCGGGAACGCAAAAAGAAAAAGAAAAGGCCCCCUGGAUAUUACAGUUAUUUGGAGGAUGUCAGCGACGGUGUUCCUGUUGAGGCUUUGAUAAACGGACAUGCCGGCUCAUCCAGACUUAAUAGCAUCAGCAUAGACGAUGUAGACUUUGCAGGUGAUGUGCCAAGGACUUGUAACAGCCCUGAGAAUUCUGUGGACUUCAAUAGUGAAGCUGUGUCGGAGGAUUUGGUUUCUAAUGCUCUAGAUACGACCAGAACUACAGGAACGCCCGAAGUAUGCAGUGUUACUAAUUUGGAACAGUCUUGUGUCUCCUCUGAUCAUGAAAGAGACAGCCCAUUAAGGACAGCUGUUGUGCAGCCUUGUACUGAAACUACUGAAAACCUUGGUGUUACUAAUGGGCAAACACUUGAAUGCUCUAGCGAGGGCACAACUGCCAAUGGGGUCGACUUGCAGACUGUGGAAAACAUUGACUCAGACCAAGCUAAGCUGGAGGAUGCUUCCCCUUCUACCGAGGCGGUCACCCCGGUUCCAGGAUCAAUUGUGGUGAAUCAGCCUGCAAAAUCAUGGGCAAGCCUGUUUCACAACUCAAAGCCCUCGGUUUCCACACCUAUGGCUUAUGUGGAGACUAAGUAUGUCCCUCCUGCCGUAUCUCCCGUGGUCCCUGAGAAACAGGUUGACGUGAAAGAGGGGCCCGUUCCAGUUUCUGAGGAUCCUGUAGCCAUAAAGAUUGCAGAAUUACUGGAAAAUGUAAAGCUAAUACAUAAACCAGUAUCCUUGCAACCACGAGGGCUGAUCAAUAAAGGAAACUGGUGUUAUAUCAAUGCUACACUGCAGGCUUUGGUAGCUUGCCCUCCUAUGUAUCAUCUAAUGAAGUCCAUUCCGAUGUUUUCCAAAACACAGAGGCCAUGUACUUCUACGCCAAUGAUCGACAGCUUUGUCCGCCUAAUGAACGAGUUUACAAACAUGCCAGUCCCCCCUAAGGCAAAACAAGCUUUAAGUGAUAAAAUUGCACGCGACAUCAGACCUGGAGCUGCCUUUGAACCCACGUACAUUUAUAGAUUGUUGACCGUUAUCAAAUCCAGCCUGUCAGAAAAGGGUAGACAAGAAGAUGCCGAAGAGUACCUAGGAUUUAUUCUAAAUGGCCUACAUGAGGAAAUGCUGAUUCUGAAGAAAUUGCUCUCUCCACAUAGUGAAAUUUCCAAUGGCCCAGAGACCCAGCUUGUAAAUGAAGAGGAUGAACAGGAAGAACAAGGUGAAGGCAGCGAGGACGAAUGGGAACAAGUCGGUCCACGUAACAAAUCUUCUGUCACUCGACAGGCAGAUUUUGUCCAAACCCCAAUAACAGACAUAUUUGGUGGGCACAUAAGGUCUGUGGUUUACCAGCAGAGUUCGAAAGAGUCUGCAACUCUGCAGCCAUUUUUCACUCUGCAAUUGGAUAUCCAGUCGGAUAGGAUACGUACCGUUCAGGAUGCCCUAGAGAGCUUGGUAGCAAGAGAAUCUGUUCAGGGCUACACCACAAAAACCAAGCAAGAGGUAGAGAUUAGUCGAAGAGUAACUUUGGAAGAGCUGCCUCCUGUCCUCGUUUUGCACCUCAAGCGAUUUGUCUAUGAAAAAACAGGGGGGUGCCAGAAGCUCAUUAAAAACAUUGAAUAUCCUGUUGACCUGGAAAUAAGUAAAGAGCUGCUGUCACCAGGAGUGAAAAGUAAGAUUUUUAAAGGCCAAAGAACCUACCGGCUCUUUGCAGUUGUCUACCAUCAUGGAAACAGCGCAACUGGUGGACACUAUACUACAGAUGUCUUUCAGAUUGGUCUUAAUGGCUGGCUGCGCAUAGAUGACCAAGCUGUCAAAGUAAUUACUCAACACCAGGUGGUAAAACCGUCAGCCGAGCGCACAGCCUACCUCCUGUACUAUCGCCGAGUUGACCUGCUUUGAAAACCUCCAAUCUUCUGCUGUGUUUGCCAGAUUAUCUGCUUUCUAGAAUGCCAACUCUCUUCUCCUUUCUCCUUCCCCUUUUCCUUUUCCGUGCUCUUCAGAGGCCACCUUUCUCCUCUCCUCUCCUCUCCUCUC